AUGGAGCUGGUGCAGUGUACAGAGGCCACCAGCUCUGGAGCCAUGGAACCAUUAGGUUUUAGAAGGGGAAUGACAGAGCUUCUAGACUUGGGCCUUGACGUGGAGGUGAUGACAACGGACCGCUCGUCAUCAAUAAGGAAGAUAAUGAGGGAACAAUAUCCUAAUAUCCAGCACGAAUUCGACAUCUGGCACACAGCCAAAGGUUUCCGGAAUAAAAUACUGACGAAAGGGAAAAAAAGGACACUGCAAUCCUUCUCGCAUGGACCAGGUCAGUGUUGGUCUAUCGUAAACCACAUGUGGUAUACCUGUGCCACAAGUAAGGGGAACAUAGAGGCACUGCAAUACCGUUGGAAAUCAAUUAUACAUCAUGUUUGCAAUGAACACGAGUGGAGAGAUGAUGACGGAACACUGCAUCAGUGUGAUCAUCCUCCUCUUACUCCCCAGGACCAGAGGGUGCGAAAGUGGAUUGGCAAGGACUCGGUGGCAUUGCAGGCCCUGUCGUCACUGGUCCUAGACAAAAAACUGUUGAAAGACCUCAACCAGAUGGCACUCUUCAAACAUACUGGGCCACUGGAGAACUUUCAUAGUGCCAUGCUGAAAUACCUCCCCAAGCGGCAGGCCUUCUCAUACCAUGUGAUGAGGGAGAGGUGCCACCUUGCCAUCUUGGACCACAAUGAAAACAUUGUGAAAAGGAGGCAAGCCACCACAGUGACAGGAGAAGAACGAUUCAAGCAGGUGUACUGCAAGAAAUCCAAGCAGUGGAUACUAAAAAAAGUCUACACACCACAUACCACAGACUUUGUCACAGAUUUAAUAGAGAAGGUCCUGGAAAAUAGACGGAAUCCAAACAUCCCAUUCUACGUUCAUGCCCUUGCUAUUUAG